GAAAGGGAUCUUCAGAAGCUGGAGGGGCGGGACUAAGAGCUGGGAGCUUUGGAUACGACAGGACUUGAUUCAAGUGUCGUAGGGGCCAAGUAGCGGACAUGAAGCUGAAGGAGUGGGGACGGGCACCUGGGAGAGGAAAGCGAAAUGCCCUGGGGAUCCCUCUGAACUAAAUAUGGCCACAGCCUGUUUCCGUCAAGCGCUGCUCCUGAUCCACCUCCUGCCUCUGCUUUCCGCAGGUACCUACCCGCACUGGGCCGCCCCCCAUACACCCCUAGCUGGCCCUGGAGAUGCCACCUCUGUGUUACCUGCACCCACAAAUGUAAGCAUUCACUCAUUCAACCUGCAGCAAAUACUGCACUGGGAUCCCGUGAAAGAGGAAGAUGUAACCUACAGGGUGGAAUACAAAGCGUUUUAUGAAGGAGAUGAUGACUACAGUGUCCUUUGUAAGAACACUACAGAGAUGCAAUGUAACUUUACUGAUCUUGUUCCAUUUUAUUGGAGGAUAGUAGUAAGGGUCAGAGCUGAAGUUGGAAAGCUACAAUAUUCUAGAUGGAGUAAAACACCCACUUUUCAAGCAACAAGAGACACUACUUUAGGGCCUGUGAAAUCUCUUAAACUGUCCCCAAGCGAAGCAGUGUAUGAUGCCAUUUCUGUCACUUUUGAGCCCCCUAUAUCAAGAGAAAUAUAUCUUCCAUAUGAUUCAGAAAUUAAUUUUACUGUGCGUUACUGGGAAAGGAGCUCUGGUACAGAGAAAGAACUGUCGAGCACAGAUACACACGUGUUACUGGAGGACCUGGAUCCCAUGGCUGUAUACUGUGUGGAAGUUUCUGCCUCGGUGCUGGGUCUUGUUGGACAGCCAAGUGAACCUGUAUGUGAGAAACCAUCAGCAGCUCCAGCUAUCACUGCAACGGGAUACAUUUGGCUUGUUGUCGGACUUGUAUGUGCUUGUUGCGCUUUCUCCGUCUGUGCCUUGGCUGUAUACAAACACCGCGAAAUGAUUAAGAAGCUGCUACCUCCUCCUUUUGAAAUACCAUACCACUUCCAUGAGACCUUGAAGGAGAUCUCUUUCCAGCGGUUAGAAAAUGACCACUGUGAAGUGCAAUCGAUAGAAGAGAAGUAUGAUACUAUUUCCAUCGUGGAACCUGAAUCCUGCCAUGAUAGAAAGGACUCCUGUACUGAGGAGCUGGACAUUAAGCAGACACCAGAGGACAAGGCUUCCUACCGAACUGUCACCUAAUGCCUCCUGGCUAUUGGCUCUUGCACAUAAAUGAAUGUACCAUUCUUCAUGUCUGCAAUACAGGAGAGGAGUUUUAGUUCCUUCCUGAGAAGCUGUGUAAAAGUGCUGAACUUUUUAUGGUAGGCUGAAGAUUUUAUUUUUUCAGGGAGUAUUUACUUGCAUGGGUUUCAUUGCAGGGAUUUGUUACAACAAUAUUCACUGAGGAAUCUGAACUGUAUUAACAACAUCUUUUCCACAGUUCAGUGAGGGCAGCGGACCUGGGAGGCAGCAGUGGAUACAGACAGCCUACGAUGAUUUGGGCUCGGUGGAAAUUAAACCAAGAACCGUCUUUGUUCCAUAGCAUAGAAAUUACUUUGCCAAAAUGCAAAAUGCAAUUUUCCCUGCCAGUCUGUGUAUGGAUUCACACCAUUUCUAGACUUGUUUUCCUUGGAUAUUGAAGUCUCAGCAAGCUUAGAUUUUCUUAUGUAUGCAAGAAGAACUGUCAGCCAUGGACUGGAACUAAUUCAGACUGACAGUCGGGGCUCUUCGUCAGAGGUUCGUCAGUGAAAUACAGAGUUCUUCAUACAAGAAACUUUACAUUUUUGUUGCUCUAAAGGUGUGGUUCUGAAAUUGUGGGACUGCCCCCUGGGGGUUGGGGUUUGGAGUUGUGGCAGGGGGCUCAACCUGAAGGUCAGUUUGGCGGAGAAUUGGGGAGAAUUAUCUAUAUACACCUGAAAGCCAGGCCCAGGUAGGAGUGAGAUCUGGGCUGAAAAUUUACUGCCCUAGAUAUUCUUGAAACUAAGACUUCAUAAACGACUUAAUUUUAUGAGCUAAGGAGGAAGGGGGGUUGGCCAAAGGUUGGCAGAGAGUUUACAGAUACACAGGUGCCUGUUGGCAAUACAGAAUACAUUGCUGUGUCUGAUGAACCUGCUCUUCUGUAUAGGGGCAUAAUGUGAAUAUACCCCCCAGAAAAAAGAAACGAUCCCCUGGCUGUUCAGGGCAACCCGCGGUCGUUUUUGAUUUUUAAGUCUGGCCAUUUUUUUGUUUAAGGGCUACACUUUUCUGCCACACUACAUUGUAUAUACCAGAGAUGUUGACAUUGGAGUGUUGCAUUGUUGAACUAGAGCAUUGUGCAGCUUAGACAUUUCUGGUUUGUACAGCUACGUCUAUGAGAAGAGCAUUAAAAGAAGAACUUAUUUAUGCCUUAUAUUUUAUUUCUUUUAAUGAGGAUUGUGUUUUCUGUAUUAACCCUUUUAUUACCAAAUGAAAAACAAGACAAUUAGUAUUGUAGAGCUGUUUUGUUGUUGCUCAGUGUAAUUCUAGAACUAUUGCUGGGUGACAUAGAACCUUGGGUGUGGUCAGUUUGUAUUGUAUGGGGGACAUAACUCAGGAAGUUAUUAUAGUAAUUACUAGGUGCCAAAAGUAACUACCUAUCACUGGGCAAAUUUGUACCAGUACAGCAACCCAUAGUUACCAAUCAGAGGUUUGCUUUCAUGAUUCUUUCUUGUGAAUGUACACAGCUUAUUGUUAAAGGGGUAGUUCACCUUUAUAGAAUGUCUUAUUUCUACAAGUUUUUGUUUCUUUUUUUUUUUUGGUCUUCAUUAUUUAGUUUUUAUAGUUUAAAUAUUUUCAUUUCUCUUCUCUUUCUCUUUCCAGCUUUCAAAUCGGGGGGGGGAGUCUAUUGCUCUGUGAGGCUACCAUUUAUUAUUCAUGUUAAAUGUUAUGACUUAUCUUCCUAUUUACAUCUUUUCCUGUUCCUAUUCCAGUUUUUCCUUCAAACCACUGCCUGGUUACUAUGGUAACUAAGACCCUAGCAACCAGAUAGCUCCUGAAAUCUCAAAUUGGAGAGCUUCCAAACAAAACCUUAAAUAACUGAAAAACUGCAGAAAAUUAAAAAAUAAAGAUCAAAUGCAAUUUUUCUCAAAAUAUCAAUGUCUACAUUAUACUCAAAAUUAAUUUAAAGGUGAACUACCCCUUUAAGGUCUAUAGUGCCAAUACUAAACUAUACUGUAGUAACUGGGCCCUAAUGGGCUUGGGAAAUUCUGCAUGUGGAAGGUCACAUGAUAGGCCCAAGGUAUCAGAAUAGACACAUGCAUUAGACCUACUUUGGUUUAAUUUUCACUACUGAUUUUGUACACAAAAUGUACAGUAUUUGUAUCUAAAAAUUGCAGCGUUUGUCAGACAAAGGGAUUCUAAUAACUUUGCGGUCUAAAAAGCAGGAGAAGCCAAAUGCUGUUGCCAGCUGGAUAAUGCAAAUUGCAUUCAUUGUGUAAUGAAUAAACGCAGUGUAUUUACUCCCAGCUUCUCUCUGUGGCCCCUGUACUGGCCCGUCCCAGCUUGUAUGGGGCUGCACCUUAAUGUGAAAGCAAAAGCACUGUGUAUGCAUUGAAUGGCUCAGUAUUUUCAUCUCUAUUGUAUCUUACAGAUAAGCAGCCUGCAGCCCCACAGAAACUCAACUACAAGACUCACAAGCCCUUGCAGGUGAUGCUGGGUAUUGUAGUUCAUCUGGAGGGCCACACACUUUGUUUUUCCUGUUGAUUGUACUGUAUAUAUAUUGUCUGUUUCCUUGUACCCUUGCUAAGCCUUAUUCCUUCUGUCUGUACUCUCCAAAUGCAAAUGUAUAUAAAAUAAAUGUGUGGCUGCUACACAUGGCAAACUC